ACUCCGCUAAAAGUAGCUCAAACAUCAACAAAGUUAACCGCUUAAACCCUAAUAGGUGUGCGCAGUGCUUAACAGCUGUGAGGAAAUUAACAUCCAGGCAGGCAUGUCUGGCUGGUGGCGGUUCGRCUGGAACACGUCCGAUGAUGAUGACCCUUUCAUUGACCGGUUGUUUGGGACCGGUCCAGAGAGCCUGUCCCAGGCCAUCAGAGCUGCUGCACCUGAAGAACCGGACGCAGACGGCAGUGUGCAGUUCGGCAGCCUGCGGGGGACUGUGGUCGGCCUCAGAUAUUACACCGGGGUGGUGAACCGGGGGGAGAUGGUGGGUUUAGUGCGGGAGCCUCAAAACCAGUACGAUCGUAACGCGGUGAAGGUCACCAACGUGUACGGGAGUCAGGUUGGACACAUCAAGAAGGAGCUGGCUGCAGCCAUGGCCCACGUGAUGGACAACAACUUGGCUAAAGUGGAGGGGGUGGUGCCCUGGGGGACGAACAACACCUUCUCCAUGCCCGUCAUGUUGUCGUUCUGGGGGAAAGAGGAGAACAAAGACACUGUGCUGAAGUACAUGGCAGGUCGAGGAUACAAACUGAACACAGAUGGAAGCGGGUCAACAGGUGGCUCUCAGAAAUCAUCCAGCAGCUCAGGUGCUCGUGCCUUUUCAUCCAAGAAAGGUGUGACCAUCCCACUAACUGCAGAGGAGUUAAAGAAUGCGUUUGAUAACUUGUUUGAAGGUUUGAUGGAGAGUAAAGAUGGGGAGAAGGAAGCAGCUGAGGCUGUGGCCACUCCCCUCCUUCCUCACCAGAARCAGGCUCUGUCCUGGAUGUGCUCUCGGGAAAACAAAGACACGCUGCCUCCGUUCUGGGAGAAGAGAGGCGAGCUGUACUACAACAUCCUCACGUGUUUUUCUGCUAAAGAAAUACCAGAAAGGGUCCGAGGUGGGAUCCUGGCAGAUGACAUGGGACUGGGUAAAACUCUGACAACAAUCGCACUGAUCCUCACCAACUUUCACAAAGGAAAGCCCCUGCCUGUGGAGAAAUAUAAGCAGUGGUUCUCACCGACCAAAAGUAACACUAAACCUGAGGAAAACUGCAAACAGGAAGAAAGCAGCAGCAGAGCAGAUGUUAAACCAGGAGAGAUGAACCCUGCUGGUUCUCAGAGCUCAGACCUUCCAAAGGAGGAGGUGAUUGAUGUUGAUGCAGCAGAUGUGGCGGUGGGAGAAGAUGAGCCACAAGAACAUCUGUUAAAGAAGAAGAAGAAACCGACCAAGCGGAAACCCAGUAAAGACCCAGUUGUGUUUGAGGAUUUUGACUUUGCUGCAGCUCUGAGCAGCUCAACAUCAGAUCCAGGCCCGAAGAAGAAGAAGAAAACUGCAGAAAAGAUCAAACAAGAUGUGCAAUCAUCCAUCAUCGACGACACCGAGGACUUAUCUGUGAGAGCGACUCUCAUCAUCUGUCCUCUCUCGGUCCUCAGCAACUGGCUGGACCAGUUUGAGCAGCACCUCAGUUCUAACGUGAAGCCAAACAUCUAUCUGUAUUACGGCUCGGAGCGCAACAGGAACAAGAAGUUCCUGUCCUCUCAGGAUGUGGUGAUCACCACGUACAACGUGCUCUCUGCUGACUUUGGGARUAAAAGUCCCCUGCAUGGUAUUAAUUGGCUGAGGGUGGUCCUGGAUGAAGGACACGUCGUAAGAAACCCAAACGCACAGAUGAGCAAAGCUGUGCUGGAACUGAAAGCUCAGCGGCGCUGGAUUCUCUCAGGUACUCCUAUCCAGAACAGUGUGAAGGACCUGUGGAUGCUGCUGGCCUUCCUGCGUCUGAAGCCCUUCGAUGUUCGGGAGUGGUGGAACAGAGUGAUCCAGAGACCCGUCACACAAGGAGACAGAGAAGGCCUUCAAAACCUCCAGAACCUGGUGAGGUGCAUCACCCUGAGGCGGACCAAGAGCAGCGAGCUAAACGGCCGCCGACUGGUGUYGCUGCCGGAGAAGUCUGUGUUUGUGGAGCAGGUGGAGCUCAGCCCGCAGGAGAGGGAGGAGUACGAGCUGGCACGUACCGAGGGCAAACGUACCGUCGGCAGAUACGUAGCUGAAGGGUCGGUCUUGAGGAACUAUGCUGAUGUUCUCGCCAUCCUGAUGAGGCUCCGCCAGCACUGCUGCCACCCUGACCUGCUGCCCAACACACCAUCAGAUUUAGGCACAGCGGCGACGCCCGCAGAGCUGCGGGAGCGUCUGAUAGAAAAGCUGCGGUUGGUGUUGGCCAGCGGCUCCGACGAGGAGUGCUCCGUGUGCCUGGACUCCAUCAACCUGCCCGUCAUCACGCACUGCGCCCACGUUUACUGCCGACCCUGCAUCGCCCAGGUCAUCAGCAACGAGCAGGAGAGGGCUCGGUGUCCUCUCUGUCGAAGUGAGAUCAAGACCAGUGAGCUGGUGGAGUUUCCACCAGAGGAGAUGGAAGAGGACAGAAGUAGGAGCUCCGAGAGGUGGAGGACGAGCUCAAAGGUGAAGGCUCUGAUGGGAGGCCUGCUGCGUCUGCGAUCAGAGGACAGCAGCGUUAAAUCUCUGGUUGUCUCACAGUUUACACGCUUUCUCACCAUCCUGGAGACUCCACUCAGGGAGCACGGCUUCAGUUUUGUGCGUCUCGACGGCUCAAUGAACCAAAAGAAGAGAACUCGAGUCAUUCAGGAGUUUCAGAGCUCUGCAGCGGACGGCCCUACAAUCAUGCUCCUGUCACUCAAAGCUGGAGGGGUGGGGCUUAACUUGACCGCCGCCUCUCACGUUUUCCUCAUGGACCCUGCAUGGAACCCAGCUACUGAGGAGCAGUGUAUUGAUCGGUGCCAUCGUUUGGGCCAGGAGAGGAACGUUGUGGUCACCAAG